AUGGGCACCGCCACCGCCCUCCUCCCGCUGCUCCUCCUCCUCCUGCCGGGCUCCCUGCCCGACCUGGCGACCCCGCGGGCUCCCACCCAGCCGGCCGAGCUGGGACGAGCUGCGGGCGGCAAAGCGGCGGGCGGGAGAGGUCUGGCCCCGAAGUGUGGCUCCUGCGGGCAGAGGCCGUUCCUGGACAGGUUCUCCUCGUCCCGGGUUGUGGGAGGCCAGGAAGCCCAGGUCGGGGCUUGGCCCUGGUCUGUCAGCCUGCAGAUCUCCGAGGGGCGCUUCGGUUACAUCCACGUCUGCGGCGGAGUUCUGAUUGCCCAGAACUCGGUGCUGACUGCUGCCCACUGCACCACGGCCAGGACGGACCCUUACUCUUGGAGAGCUGUCCUGGGGGUGCACAACCUUUGGAGACCUGACAAGCACACAGUGAGGAGAGGGAUCAAAAGCAUCACAGUGCACCCAGGCUUCGAGAGGCAGCUCUUUGAGCACGACAUUGCCCUCUUUGAGCUGGCUGCUGCCGUCAGCUACAGCCCCUACAUCCAGCCCAUCUGCCUGCCCCCUCCACACCUCCACCCAGGCAGGGACAACGACACCAAAUGCUUCGUCAGCGGCUGGGGACGCACAGCAGAGAAAGGUAAAACUUCAGCUAUCUUACAAGAGGCCCAGGUGGAAAUCAUCCCCCCCAGCGUCUGCAGUGGUGCUGAGGCCUAUGGAGCUCUGGUGAACAGCAACAUGAUCUGUGCUGGCUCUCCUUCAGGAGGCACUGACACCUGCCAGGGAGACAGUGGAGGACCCCUGGCAUGCUACUACCCCACUGCAGACCAAUACUACCUCUUGGGCAUCGCCAGCUUUGGAGUGGGCUGCGGCCGGAGGACCUUCCCUGGCAUCUACGUCCGAGUGUCCCAGUACAGAGCCUGGAUAGAAUCUGAGCUGCAGCCAAGCAGCAAGGCUGAGAGCCCUGGGAGCAAGGCACUCAGCACCCUCCUGGCUCUGAGCUGUGCAGCACUUGUGUGGACCUUCUGAAGGGAUGAGCCAGAGUGUGACUGCCACGGAGCUGGCUGGGAGCUGGGAAUAAACCCAUGGAAGCAGCGA